GAUUAUCUAGUAUAGAAUAAAUGCUCUCAAUUAAAUAUGCGACGCAAGCAUCUCUUUCGCCACUUUUUUCUAAAGUGGCAAGGCAAAAUCCAAUUAAAUAUUGACGAACCGGAGGAACCAAAACGACCACGCGUGAGAACUGAGAAGGCUCGCAGCACACACAACCAUGAUGCUCCACCACGAAGCAAGUGUGCAACAAGCGCGAGAGGAAGAAGAAGAGCUUGAUCACCAUGGCGAUCCGAUGAUCACCUCCCCUCUCUUGCGACCAUCGACGUCGGGCAGCUCGCCGGAGAAUGGAGAGGAGGAGAACUCACCGGUGGAGCUGGUGGCGCUGACGGUGCCAGUGAGCGACGAGCCGGAGACGCCGGUGCUGACGUUCAGGAUGUGGGUGCUGGGGACGGCGUCGUGCGCGGUGCUCUCCUUCCUUAACCAGUUCUUCUGGUACCGCAAGGAGCCGCUCACCAUCACCGCCAUCUCCGCGCAGAUCGCCGUCGUGCCGCUCGGCCGCCUCAUGGCGGCGACGCUGCCGGAGCACGCCUUCUUCCGUGGCCGGCCGUGGGAGUUCACGCUUAAUCCGGGGCCGUUCAAUGUCAAGGAGCACGUGCUCAUCACCAUCUUCGCCAACUCCGGCGCCGGCACCGUCUAUGCCAUCCACGUCAUCACCGGCGUCCGUGUCUUCUACGGGAAAACCCUCUCCUUCUUCAUCUCCCUCCUUGUCGUCCUCACAACACAGUACCAUCAGAUGCUGGGGUUCGGCUGGGCGGGAAUAUUCCGGCGUUAUCUUGUUGAGCCGGCGUCUAUGUGGUGGCCAUCCAACCUAGUGCAGGUCUCUCUGUUCAGCGCACUUCAUGAGAAGGAAGCACGGAGAAAAGGUGGCUUGACGCGGAACCAGUUCUUCCUGGUGGCAUUCGUCUGCAGCUUUGCAUACUACAUCUUCCCAGGCUACCUAUUCCAGAUGCUCACCUCCCUCUCCUGGAUCUGCUGGGUCUUCCCCAGCUCUGUCCUUGCCCAACAGCUUGGUUCAGGUCUCCGAGGCCUCGGCGUUGGUGCAAUCGGUCUCGACUGGUCAUCUAUCUCCUCCUACCUUGGGAGCCCUCUUGCUAGCCCAUGGUUUGCCACUGUAAAUGUUGGUGUUGGCUUCUUCAUCGUCAUGUACAUAAUCACACCAAUUGCAUACUGGUUUAAUUUCUACAAGGCACAAAAUUUCCCCAUAUUUUCUGAUGGCCUCUUCACCUCGACUGGGCAAAAAUACAAUGUAUCAAGCAUUGUUGACUCCCAUUUCCAUUUUGACACCAAGGCCUAUGAGAAGAAUGGGCCACUAUACCUCAGUACUUCCCUUCUUGUCACAUACGGUGUUGGUUUUGCAACCCUUGCUGCAACAAUUGUUCAUGCUCUCCUCUUCCAUGGAAGUGAAAUUUGGCUAUUAAGUAAAUCAGCUUUUCAAGAAAAAAGGAUGGACAUACACACGAAACUUAUGAGGAGAUAUAAACAGGUCCCUGAGUGGUGGUUCAUAUGCAUCCUUAUUGCUAACAUCGGAACGACCAUAUUUGCUUGUGAAUACUACAAUGAGGAACUCCAAUUGCCCUGGUGGGGUGUUUUGUUUGCAUGCUCCAUUGCCUUUUUCUUCACCCUCCCAAUAGGGAUAAUCAAAGCAACAACAAAUCAGACUCCAGGCCUGAAUGUCAUCACGGAGUACAUUAUUGGGUAUCUGUACCCUGGACGACCCGUUGCAAAUAUGUGCUUCAAGGUAUAUGGUUACAUCAGCAUGAAACAAGCUUUGGCAUUUCUUGAAGAUUUUAAGCUGGGUCACUACAUGAAGAUUCCACCGAGGACAAUGUUUAUGGCUCAGGUGGUGGGAACUUCAAUUGCAGCAUUUGUGUAUAUUGGCACAGCAUGGUGGCUAAUGGAGACAAUCCCCAACAUCUGCAACACUGAGCUCCUCCCGUCAGAUAGCCCUUGGACCUGCCCAGGUGACCAUGUAUUCUAUGAUGCAUCAGUCACAUGGGGACUUAUUAGCCCGCGCAGGAUAUUUGGGGACUUAGGCACUUAUUCAGCUCUAAAUUGGUUCUUUUUGUGUGGAGCUAUUGCCCCUCUACUUGUCUGGUUUGCACACAAGACAUUCCCAGGCCAGAACUGGAUCUUACUCAUCAAGACGCCUGUACUAAUUGGUGCCACCUUCCAGAUGCCUCCUGCUACUGCCGUCAACUACACGACUUGGAUACUUGUUGGGUUCUUGUCAGGUUAUGUGGUCUAUAGAUAUCGACGUGAUUGGUGGGAGAGACACAAUUAUCUGCUUUCAGGUGCACUGGAUGCUGGUUUGGCUUUCAUGGCGGUCUUAAUUUACUUGUGCUUAGGCUUGGAGGACAUCAGUCUGAACUGGUGGGGAAAUGACUUGGAUGGGUGUCCUUUGGCUUCUUGUCCCACUGCUAAAGGUAUAGUUGUCAAGGGAUGUGCAGUCUAUACUUGAGGAUCUCCUAUUGCUUCUUGUCCCACUGCUACAGUGUUACCCAGACCUCCAUGGGUGCAAGCCAAUAUGAUUAGAUCUAAUUUGACCCUUGUCAUCUAUAAACAUCAGUAGAACCAGCUUUGAUUCAUAGCUGGAAAUUAGCAAUGUAGUUUCAGGGUUAGUGGUCAUAACUUGUAUCCUAUCAGUAUUCUCGAAAAAACUUGUAUCCUACCAAACAAGUUAAAUUUUGAUCUCUGAACUGUCCA